CCUGGACAAGGAGAACUGCCUACGAGUGACCAGCAAGAUUGCCGAGCUGGUUCUGCUCACGGGUGAGACCAUCAACAUCACAGAUGCUUCCCAAGAUCCUCGCAUCGAGCAAGCGGAUGAGACUGUGAAAGGGGUGAGGACUCGCUCCGUGCUGUGUAAGCCGGUGAGAAACAGGCAUCAGAACAUAAUUGGUGUGGCACAGGUGGUCAACAGACUGGACGGUCUUCCGUUCGAUGAUCACGACGACCUUUUGUUUGAGGCAUUCGCCAUUUUCUGUGGUCUAGGCAUUCACAAUUGCCAGCUGUACGAGCAGGUCUCAGUGGCAGCAGCCCGGCAAGCUGUGGCUCUGGAGGUGUUGUCUUACCACGCAUCCGUGCCGCAGGAUGAAGUGACAAAGUUUCAGCAACAGUCGGUACCGGAAGCCAAGGAGCUCAACCUCAAAGACCUGCGCUUCAACGACUUCUCCCUGGACAACGACCAGAUGAUGAUGGCCACAGUUCGCAUCUUUGCCGACCUGGGAUUAAUUCGAAAGUUUCGCAUUGAGAACGAGACUCUCUGCCGCUGGCUGCUGACUGUGAGGAAGAACUACAGGAACGUGGCUUACCACAACUGGAGGCACGCGUUCAACGUCUUGUCAAAGGUAAGCAAUGACUGUAAAUGCCAAGUUGACCUGACAGACAACGAAAUCCUGGCACUGAUAGUUGCCUGUUUGUGCCAUGACCUUGACCACAGAGGCACCAACAACGCCUUCCAGCAGAAAUCCAGUUCUGCCUUGUCCCAACUGUAUGGGACUAAGGCUACCCUGGAAUAUCAUCAUUUUAACCAUGCUAUUAUGAUACUCAACAGUGGGGGAACAAAUUUAUUUGGCAACCUCGGCUCAGAAGACUUCAGUGAGGUGACCAUAUUAUUGAAACAUGCCAUUCUGGCAACUGAUCUGUCGCUCCACAUGCAAAUCAGAGAUAAAUUCUUUGCCAUGGUAGAAUCAGGUCAGAGGUCGUUUGAGGAUCGUGAAUCCAGGGAGGUCUUCCGCAGUAUUCUGAUGACCUCCUGUGACAUCGCAGCCAUAUCCAAGCCUUGGGAAGUUCAGAGAAAGGUGUCAGACCUGGUGAUCAGUGAAUUCUUUGAACAAGGAGACAAGGAGAAACAUGAGCUCAACAUUCAGCCUCAGGCAUGCAUGGACAGAGACAAGCAGGACCAAGUUGCUCAACUACAGCUGUCCUGGAUCGAUGGGAUCUGCUUACCUCUAUACACGACGCUGGCCACACUGAACCCAUUCUUCAAACCCAUGUUGGAUGGGGUCAUCGACAACCGCGCCAGGUGGGAGAUGAUGGAUGCUGAAAGACUACAAAAGCAUGGAGUUCUAGAAACAGGAGUCUGA